CCAAAGAGCAGGAGAUGAAUUCCAGGAGGUUUUCCUUGGAAAUCUCCACAGAUUUAAUUUAAAAAUCCAAGCAGGAAUCUUCCAGACCCUUCUCUGUUAUUGGAUUUUGCUCUCUGAGCUAAGAAAUCCAGGCUAGACUGAUCUGGGAAGAUUUAUGGAUCAUUUCUAAGACUUUUAUUUCACUUUUAGGUCACAACUUGAGCUCUUUUAUCCUUAUAUAAUUUCAGUUCCUAUCUGAAUGCUCCAAAAAAGGAAAAAACCAAAUCAUUCCUUGUGUUUCUGUUGAACAUAGACACUGGCAUUUUGAAGAUUUUGUGUUGUUCAGACUAAGGAAGGCCUAAAUUAUUUGUAUUUCUCUAUUUCCCCACCCAACCCAGGCUUUCCAAAUCAUUUUUCCCCAUAAAACCAGCGAUUUAUGCCUUUAUUCCCAGAUUGCUCUCACACAAGGAGCCAGGAGAGCUCCUCAACCUCAAAGCUGCAUGUAUGGAGGUGCAAAAAGCCCUGAGCUGAGCAGCAGGCUCCAUGAAUUGGGAUUUGAAAGGUUCAGGUUCAGUUCUCAGCCCCACUUUCUGAGGGAGCUCACGGGAAUUUACUGGUGCCAAAAGCAGCCCUUUGUUUCUGCCUUGUUUGUUGGCUUUGGGUUGGUUUUUUUCCAAACCCUGCAGGUCUUGGGGGGGAAAAAUGAAAAGAGGAAUGACCUUGAGCUUUCCAGAAAGCUCUGUUGACUGAGGUUUCAGUGCUUGCUUUUUAUUUGUGUUGAAAAUCUUGGGGUUUUUUUGUGCCUUUCCAAUCUCACCGCGGAUCUGUUCCAUGCGCUUCUUUUAUUCCCUCCUCUUUUUUUUUUGGAGGCCAGGGAGGAACUUUCUCAUUCUCUGCAGGCUGAAUGGCCACCUUGUGUUCCCAGGGAGCGGAGGAAGUUCUCCCCCUUGGUUUCUCAGGGAUAGAUGACACCCUUUGGAUGCAGAUUUAAAUCCCCAGCACAGGCACCUCUCUGUCCCUUAUGUAACCUGAGAGAUUUCAAUCCACGCCAUCAAAAAUUAAAGAGCUGCACCCACCACCAUCCAUCCUUUGGAGCAUUGAUUGGCUGGAGGACACACAGGAGGUCUCUUCCUUCUCUCUGCUGUUGUUUCCCUCCUCUCCAAAGCCCUGAGGAGCCCAUUCCUGGAAAACUGAAUCAUUCCAAGCAAAACCAUGUCAGAAAAUUCCAACGGAUCCGCCAGGACCGGACCGGAUUACAGGUAUAAAAAGGAUGAGCUGUUUAAGAGGCUGAAGGUGACAACUUUUGCUCAAUUGGUUCUCCAGGUCGCCUCUCUGUCCAGUGAAACCCUAGAAGUGACAGACGAGGAGCUGCACAAGCUGCAAGGUGCUGGCGCUGCAGGUGACGAUGCAGCGGGGACAAACGGCCAAGGGAGCCCUGAGGGGACACCCAGCCCUGUCCUGUUCCUGAACAACUCAGGAGCCGGGGAAUCCCUUCGCUCCACGCUGCAGAGUGUGAUCAGUGGGGUUGGGGAGCUGGACGUGGAGAAGGAUUCUCCCAAGAAGGAGGACAAGGACAGCCAGGCCAAGGAGAGGCCCUACCCCGACUGCCCGUUCCUGCUGCUGGACGUGCGGGACCGCGAGGCCUACGAGCAGUGCCACAUCGUGGGAGCCUAUUCCUACCCCAUUGCAACGUUGUCCAGAACCAUGAAUCCCUAUACAAAUAAUAUUCUGGAAUAUAAAAACGCCCAUGGCAAAAUCAUCAUCGUGUACGACAACGACGAGCGCUUGGCCAGCCAGGCAGCCACCACCAUGUGUGAGAGGGGCUUCGAGAACCUCUUCAUGUUAUCUGGGGGCCUCAAGGUCCUUGCCCAGAAGAUCCCAGAGGGGUUGAUCACCGGCACGCUCCCGGUGUCCUGCCAGGUGGCAGCUCCCACGGGAACUGCCCGGAGGAGAACGACCCCCAGGGUGCCCCCCACACCUGCAGAGAACAAGUGGAGGUUUUCUGCUGAUGACCUGCAGAAGUUGAGGCAUUACCUGGCUGAGGAGCAGAUUCCUUCAGAUGCUGCCAGCCGCCUUACCCGGGGUCUUUCAGGCCACGAUUCCAAGCUCUCAUCCGUGAGGAGCAACCCCAGCCUGCACAGCACUGCUCGCAGCCUGGGGUCCCUGAGCAGCCGCUCCCACAGCAGGACCAGCAUCCAGAACAGGCCCUGGAAAUAACCAGGAUCCAGGUUUUGGGAAUCCUGAGCAGUGCAGCCCGUUUGUGGUUUUAGGAAUCGACAGGGAAAAGCAGCCCUGGUGAGAACUGGCAGCUCGGGUGAGGCUGGGCAGCUGGAAUGAUGUUUCCUAGAAGCAGGAAUGGCACCACUUGGGGUGCAGGGCAGGACAGAGGUGAUAGAACUGGUUUUGUAGGGGAGGGAGAAAACUGCUAGUAAAGGCUGGCACCAGUAGAAACUGUUCCACAAAGUUUUUAGUCCAGCUGAAGGAAUUUGUGUCCGUAACAUUCCCGGGCCAUGCCUGGAGCUGUGAGGGUGAACAGGCCAUGAAUCAUCUGUGAGCACAAACUUUGGUGGUUUUAGCAGAGAUAAAGACAUUCAGCAACUUGCCAAAAGUGAGAGAAGAUCCUGGAAGGGUUGUUUGUUGGUUUUUUAAAAUAAAUUAUGAUAACAAACAGAAGUAUUUGUAAUAAAGAUGGUUUUUAUUGCUCAGUAGGUGCUGUGACAGUCGUGCUUGCUCGUGGACACUUUGUGAACAGUUGUGUCUUUUUCAAGGUGACCUGGAGGAGAGUAACUGUAUUUUUUUUUCCCAAUGACUCCUUUGCCAGUGGUUUUUUAGGAGUUUCUUUAAGGUUUAGAGUGGCUGAAGGAAAAUUUGCUGCUGCUGCCUCACCAGGGUCUCUAAAACCCAGCAGGGCCCUGGAAUCAGGAACUGAACAGUUGGAAAAGUGAGUAGCACAGUUUUCCUCAAAUUGGUGCUUCUGGAUAACCUGGAAUCCUCUGAUUUUCCUGAGCUGCCUCUGGGACACUUUGGAAGUGAUUUUGAAGGGAUUCUGCUCUCCAGCUUUUCCAUCUGGUAUUGCUGAGCCUGAUCCUGCUUUGGUUAUUGUGGUCUUGUGGGGUUUGUGUGUAUUUUUGGAUUCAGUGGUUUUUCCCCCUUUUUGAAGCAGACAAUUUUCAACACAUCCCAAAACUCACUGGUGAUUUUGGGAUAAUUCUGGUGAAAGGACAAAAAGUAGGAGAAAUGGCACAUAAUUUCCUGUUUGGGAGAUUAGGACUCAAUGUCCCUGGGCAUAUUUAUCUUUUAUUGUGACUGUGAGUGUGAAAUCAGACAGUGCUGCUUGCAGGACUGGCAGGUUCAGUCUGAUAAGGUCCUGCUGCUGUGGGAGUAGAUUUUUCCAGCUCCAUGAGCUCUUGGCAGUGUCAUUGCAUUGGCUAAAAUCCUGAUUUUGCUAUCCAGCUGUGGGAGACAGAUCCAGAAUCCCUGGCUGCUCCGUGCUGCGUGAAAACCUCCUGGUGAAACUGUUGGAUAAAACUGGCUUGAGUUGUUUGUGAUCCUCCAAAUCCAAGGAGUCAAAGCAAGGACUGGAUGUACUUUCCCACCAUCUCGAUGGAUUUGUGUGGUUUUGGACUCUUGGUUUUGUUUGGAGCAGAGUCAAACUCCGUAGAGGCUGAGAGGUUUAAUUUAAUAAAAUGUAAACUACA